AUGGAAGACAUAGAGUUUCUUGAGAAAGGGAUGUCUUCGGCAAAGCGUGCGUACGAAGAAAAGCUAGAAAAGUCUUGUGUGUCUGAUAAUUUAAUGAUGAAGUUGGCAUGGGAUGUUGCAGGAUAUGAACAACUAUUGGCGAAGGCAAAGGAAUUUCAAAAAGAAUUUCAAAAAGAUGUCGAUUUAAUGGCUGAUGAAUUAAAACUUGGUAUUGGCAGAGCAGUUGUUCGCCUACAAGAAUUGGAGAAAAAUCUACUUCUGUACUACAAGGAACUGUACAGCAAAAAAAGAAACCCGGCAAGUCACUUGGUCGUAUUUAUGAUUGCCGACAAGCUUCGCAAUACAAAACCGUAUGCCAUCCCAAUUCAGUUUAUACCUAUAAAGUCCAUUACCGACCAACAGAUUAGACUGCUGGAACUUGAAGUCGAAACGGCAAUGAAGAGCAUCGGAAUGGUUCCUGUUGGUAAGUAUAAUCAGUUAGAUAUUCCAUGGCACAAUUAAGGGUGAAUGAGAUUUCCUUAAAAUAGAAUGUAUGGCCUAAAAAAAAACCUGGGUCGGUAGGUCGGAAUUAAUUUUUUUUGAAUAUUUUUUAAUGGUUUUGGCGUUUUUUUGCUGGACGAUUUGCAGUAUAGAGUCCCGACAUCAAUAUUAACUAGAGAUGCGUAUUUCCUUUGGAAGAAUUUAAUUAAUUUAGUUCAAUAAUUAGGUGACAACAGUCAACAGACGCCAUUUUGGUCACGCUGUAUGAGCAGCCCGCAACCACCCGGAGAAAAUAGGGUCACACUAUCAAUCGCGUUGAAAAAGUAAUAGGGUCGGCUGAAAAAAAUAGGGUCGGUCGGUAACCGGAAGCACAGGUAUUUUUUUAGGCCUAUUCAAUGGCAAUGUGAUAUAUUUUUCGUCAGGGGCCGGUUGUUUAAAGCCCGAUUAGCGUUAACCCCCGGUUAAAUUUUAACCUGCAAUUUUUUUAAUACACUAGGAUUCACCACAGAUGGGGAGUUUAACUCAUUGCGAACAAUGGGCAACAAGCGACCAGUCUCAAUAUUAGAACUGAUUCGAAACGCCAAAGUUAUGGCUCGACAAUUAGGUGGUAAAACUAUUACAAAAUACUUUACUCUUAACAAAAACGGUAAGAAUGGUUAUGGUUUAUACAAUCUCUGUAAAUGCAUAUGUUUAAUGAUGGGUUUCUAUGUACCAAUUUUCCUAAAAGUUAAGACCCCGCAACAACUACCUUAAUCUGUUUUUUAGGCACUGGCACUGUUGAGAAUGAUCCAGCUGUCCCUUUGGAGGACAUUAUAUGGCUACACGACUAUAUGAACGAAGACAAAGAUCAUUCGCGACCUUUUGAGAAUUAUCUUCACUUGCUUAGAAGGAAGUUGUUUCCAUUUUCGCACGACCCAUAUCCUUUUGUAACAGGUAAAAUAUUUUGUGCAUUAAGUAUGUUUUUAAACAUCAUUUGCAAAAUGAAAUAAAUGCAUGCACUGUAUUUUCAAGGUCGAUCGGAGACAAAAGCUGAAAUACUUAUGUCUAUUAUGGCUAUUUAUUUGUUUCGUUGGGAGGUUAAUCGCUUAAAAGAGUCACCAGAUGACCCAGACCAUUCCCUACACCUUUAUCAACCUGAACGAGAUGAUGAAACCCAUGAAUACUUACAUCAUCGUGAAGACCAUAACCACGUUCUCAAACGAUUGAUAAACUGUCUGCGAGAAGGCUCAAUCCCAGGAAUUGACAUUAGAUUCUUUCGAGAGGCAUUGCAUGACCCGAACACCGGUCUUACAUAUGAAUCGGUCACUGGUAAAAACAAGCAAUCAGUACCUGACUGCGAACGGCUAAUAUCACCAGCAGUUGUCGCUUUCCUGAGAAAGAAGGGCGACGAAACGGGAGCAAAUAUUUUGUCGAUAGUAAGUAACUGGCAUAAAGCGGUAGAUGGACGAGGCUUAAACGAAGAGACGCGGUCAGCGUAUCUUGCAGAUAUGAAGAAUUGGCUUCUAGAUGAUUGGAUGCCCUGGCAUACCUAUAUUAAUGAUUAUUCGACAAUUGAUGUCAAUAGGUGUGUAUACCACAAUCUUUUUGAAUUACCAAAAUUAUUUAGUGGAAAAUGUCGUGCAAUCGACUCUUUCCUUGCGCUUUGCAACUCAACUGAGUAGGAACACCGUUACUCAGGCUUGUCGUUGCUGUAUUCGAAGGACGUUUUCUUCAAAAUAUUUUUAUCAAAUUACUUACCUUACUUGUUUAAAAUUCGCUCAGUAGUAGAAUUUGCGCAGCGCUGCGUGCGCGAAUUUUAGUACUGCGCGAAAUACAAUCCGUGCGAAAAGCUUUGUGGUGUAAAUAUGAGUCACUCAUUGUUAGUAUAAUGCAAAUUCCGUUGAUAUAAUCACUGAUUUGCAUUACUACUUGCAUUAUGUUAUUAUAUUAAGCAAAUGAGGACCAUAUACAAUCGGUAGUAGUGUAGCCAGCCCGACGAUUUAGUCCCGCUAUGCAAAUAUUUUCGUGUUCAUCAGUUGACUGCGAAAACAAUCGAUUUAUAAAGAAAUGAAUAAUGAAAUUUUGCAUAUUUUGCGUAGCGGGACUAAAUUGUCAGGGUAGCUACGCCAAUGUAUACAAUGUUUUAGUUCUUGUUGGUAUUUUGAACUUACGCUUUAUUGUUAUCAUUAAUUUUGCUUACAUUACACAAUUUUGAAGCCAUUUUUGAGGCCACCUGAUCACUUUUUGAUUAAGUUUUGAUUAAGUUUUGACAAAUAUUGAAGUAUUUGUUGACAAAAUAUAUUCAUUAUAAAUGCGUUAAUUGUUAGUAAGUUCUACUAAACAAACGAAAAAGAACGAACACGGCAAAUUACUUGUGCGAAUUUAAUUUGAAAGCUGAGCGAAUAAGUCUCAGCAAAGUGCGCAAAAUUAACACAAUUUUAAAGUUGAGCGAAAAUGAGUACGACGCAAAUUUUAAUACAAUUAAGGUAAUUGAGUUAACUCCUAUUGACUAUUUAUUUUAGGCCCAUCAAAGGUAUAUGUGGCCUUACUCGAGAAUUGGUGGUUGCUCUUGUUGCUAACAUAGAAAGCAGGGAACUGCGACGGCACGAAUACAAAAGAAGGCAAAUGAAGGCGGAACACCCGAGAGCGUCAUCAAGUGACGACGUCGAAGGCUUCUUUUCUCUUUUGCACAAUAUGUUGGGCCCUGUUUUCAACCUAAAGCAAUUUUACGACGAGUCUCGUAAAAUACUAAAUGAGUUCUCGAAAAGGAUAAAUCCAGUCCUCCCAUUUUUUUACUGGUCCGGGAAAAACGAAAGGUUUCGAGAUUACGAACUACCAAGUUUCAAUCAAGCAAGCAGGCCUGGUGCUGUCGAGCGGCUGGAUCAAAUAAAAAUAUCUAGACGGGGCGACCCGGGUGUGUUCGUUGGGAACAGAGCGUCGUUACCCCAAAAAGGGCAAUUAACAUGUCGCGCAAAGUUUCAUAAAACUCCAAUUGCCCUACCACCAUUAGACAGUGACAGUUAA